AUGGGGACGAGGGCGGGGAUGGGGAGGCGUUCCCUUCCCCGUUGCCAUCUGCUCGUCUGUGAUGCUGGAUACGACGAGGCCAUGGCCAUCGAGGACAUGGCGGACGCCGUCGAGCGCUUGAAGAGCGGGUUCAACAAGUUCAAGACCGAGGUCUAUGACAAGAAGCCGGAGCUGUUCGAGCCUCUCAAGGCCGGCCAGUCCCCCAAGUACAUGGUGUUCGCCUGCGCUGACUCCCGGGUGUGCCCGUCGGUGACCCUGGGCCUACAGCCCGGUGAGGCCUUCACCGUCCGCAACAUCGCCGCCAUGGUCCCAGCCUACGACAAGACCAAGUACAGCGGCAUCGGGUCUGCCAUUGAGUACGCCGUGUGCGCCCUCAAGGUGGAGGUCCUCGUGGUCAUUGGCCACAGCUGCUGCGGUGGCAUCAGGGCGCUUCUCUCCCUCCAGGAUGGCGCACCUGACAACUUCCACUUCGUUGAGGACUGGGUCAGGAUCGGCUUCCCUGCCAAGGUGAAGGUGAAGAAAGAGCACGCCUCGGUGCCGUUCGAUGACCAAUGCUCCAUCCUGGAGAAGGAGGCUGUGAACGUGUCCCUCGAGAACCUCAAGACCUAUCCCUUCGUCAAGGAAGGGCUGGCCAACGGGACCCUCAGGCUGGUCGGCGGCCACUACAACUUCGUGUCAGGGGAGUUCCACACAUGGGAAAUUAAGAGCUAA